AUGACUGUCGAACAGUUCAUCCGCCAAAUCGAUGCCUACCGGUUCGGCACCGGUGUGGCGCUGCUUUUCCUUAUCGCUGCAUACUCUCCUGUGAUGGCCUUGGUUCUAUCCCCGGUGUAUGGUUCUUUACCAACACACAUUUUCCAUGGCUACGGCGUGGCGAUAUUUGCAGGCGCCGGAUGGUUUGCGAAGGACCAAGUGAUGAGACGUCUCGGCCGAACCGCUGCGUAUAUGCUUCCUGUUCUUGCAUUCUGGACCCCUACUUUGCAGUACUUUGCUAUGCAGCAGAGCUCCAAGCUUGGAAAUCCAGCUGGUCCGGUGAUCACCGAGUUGCUAGGUUACUACCCGCUGGUCGCGCUCACAGUAGCAAUUGCAGGCAAGCAAAUCCAGGCGUCUUUACACCUCGAGUCUCAGGGUGAAAUUGCAGCAGAACAUAUUCCUCUGCUGGCUUCCUACGUCAUCUAUUCAAUUGGAGAAACCAUUACCCGGAAGGUCUUGGCCUACGCGAUUGGGGUCACCGUUGUUUUCUCUCGAGCGGGAAUGCAGUUUGUCAUCGCGCUUCUUUAUGCCAUAAUUGUACCUCGGUCUAAACUACUCCUCUUGGCCGUUCCGUCUCUGCUCUUCACGGUCACCUCUGACGUCCAUCUUGGAGGCAUUGGCGCGGCGAACCUUGCCAUUCAACCUGAAGGAUUUUCUCUUUUAGCGCGCAAAGAGUCUACAACGGGUUAUCUUUCCGUCCUUGAGAAUGAGGAUGAUGGAUUCCGAGUCAUGCGGUGUGACCACAGUCUUCUCGGUGGGCAGUGGAUUAAGACGACCCCCGGGUACCGACCUCGGGUCGAGGAUCCCAUCUACGCGAUUUUCGCUACCCUCGAGGCUGUUCGUUUGGUUGAACCAGACCAGGGGGGCCAACGGGAAGAUGCCGGAAGCAAAGCCCUUGUCAUCGGCCUUGGUAUUGGCACUACCCCAGCAGCUUUGAUCAAUCACGGUAUUGAAACAACUAUCGUCGAGCUUGAUCCUGUGGUCCACCAAUUCGCGACUCAAUACUUUGACUUGCCAUCUAAUCACACUGCGGUUAUUGAAGAUGCGACCAAGUUCGUCAAACAUGCACAAAAGGUUCCUACCCAGUACGACUAUAUCGUCCACGAUGUCUUUACGGGCGGUGCUGAGCCAGCUGAGCUGUUCACUUAUGAGUUCUUACGAGACUUGAGCGCCCUUCUCAAGGAAGAUGGUGUCAUUGCCAUCAACUAUGCUGGGGACCUCACUCUGUACCCCACUGGCCUCAUUGUUCGUACGAUCCAAGCCGUUUUCCCGUCUUGUCGUAUCUUCCGUGAGCAGGCCGCUAGUAAAGAUGAUGAAAACUCGAAUUUCACGAAUAUGGUACUCUUCUGCAAGAAGAAUACCAACACUCCGCUGACGUUCCGAGAACCCGUGAACGCAGAUUUCCUCGGUAGCAAGUCGCGGGAGGCAUAUCUCGUUCCGAAGCAUGAGAUGGACUUCUCGUUGUUUUCCACCAUUCCCAAUGGGGGAAGACGUGUUCUUGUCGCAAAGGAGGUUGGACGGCUACACAAAUUUCAAGAUCGAGCUGCCUUGGAGCACUGGGAGAUCAUGAGAACUGUGCUGCCUGUGGCUGUGUGGGAGAACUGGUAA